AUGAAGCUGUAUGUAAUCCUUCCUCUGUGGGCUCUGUUCACCAAUACCCACCAGAAAUCUCCAUCAGAUAACUGUCUGUGCGAGUUAAUCAACUCGGAGAAACCUUUUCCAUAUGAUAAGCUGGAAAUAGCCCAGGACAGAGCUUCAAGAUGCACAAACAACAUCACUCCACAGAAGUCUUCCACCUUAGACGGCCUGAUGCUGGGCCUUGAUCGGCGCCUGCUGCAGCUAGAGAAGGACGUGGCCAUUUUGGAAAAUGAGGAUGAUGGAAAACUGUUUGGAGCUCUGAGUCUUCAAAUCAUCGAGAACGAAAUCGUGGAAAUCCAGCAGCUGAUAGAUAGGCUCAAUAGCAGCACCAAAGAAAACAAGAACCUGAGUGAAAACAUGGCUCAGCAGCUGGAGGAUGUAAAGAAAGAGAUGGAGGAGCUGGAAGCAUUUGACACCAUGCAGGUGGUGAAGAGACAACAAGCCAACCAGCGCCUAAAGAGAGACCUGGACAGGUGCAAAAACAAUGGAGUUCACCCCACCACCCAACCCACUCAACCUACGGGUACCUGUCCUUUAGGUAAGUUCCUCAACAUCACCGGACCCAGGGUCCAAACAGCUGGAGAAUAUGCCGGCUCAUUCAAGUUUGGAGGCUGGGGUCGGGAUCCCAAACCGGAGCCGGGGAAAGAGAGCUGGUACUGGAGGGUGAUGUUGACGUCCAGCAACCGAUACGCCCAUUACGUCCGUCUCUACUCUAGUCUGAGCUCUCUUAUCGUUGGGAUCAGUGUUCCAGGAAAUGUCCAAAUCCACCCGUCCAACCCAACCACCAACACCAUCCAAGGCCCAAACGUUGUUCUGUAUGCGGGAGCCUUGUACUAUAACUGUUACAACAAAGACUCUGUUUGUCGAUUCAACCUUACAUCCAAGACGGUGACCACCUUAGAUUUACCUAAAGGAACCAGGUAUAACUCAAAAGGAGAUUUCUGCAACCUUGAGGAAUGCUACCUUUACACCGACCUGGACUUGGCCACGGACGAGUCAGGGGUCUGGGUGGUCUACAGCACCACUCAGGACUUUGGGAACCUGCUUGUAUCCAAAGUGGAAGAGAGCGAACCACCGAAGCUUGGCAAAACCUGGCGGACUUCAGUUUACAAGCGAAGUGUGACCAACACCUUCAUGGCCUGUGGGGUCCUCUACGCCACGCGCUUCGUCAAUAAGAACAUAGAGGAGAUCUUCUAUUCUUUCGACACAACAACAGGGGAGGAGAAUUUCAACGUUGGCAUCUUUAUAAAUAAGGUUGCUGCUAACCUUCUGUUCUUAAACUACAGCCCGGUCGACCAGAUGUUGCAUGCAUACUGUGAUGCUCAAAUGGCCUCUUACAAGGUCUUGUUUCAGUCAGGUGGCAACUCUUUUACUUAUUAACAAGAUAAUCAAAGCAGUAAUGUUCCCAUUAAUAAAUAAAUGCCAGAAAAUGUUUAGCUCCUGUAAAAUGAGUGUUUGCUUAUGUCAGAUUUUUUUUCUUAUAAUUGUUCUACAAUAAACAUAUUCAAUUCUGCUUCCAGUUUCAUAAACCAUCCUCAGCUUCUGUCAAAUUAUUUUAAAUGCUACAGAUCAGAUGUUAGUAUAUUUUUCAAAUAUCAACUCAAAUAUUUUGUCAUGCAUAAUGAUCUCUGCCCUCGAUGAUAUGAAUUGUUAAUAGACUCCAACUCAUACCUACAGCAGUAUCUACUUGCAAAAAAAUUAAAACCAAAAUUCUAAUUCCAAUGUAAUUUUUUACAUAGUUUUCAUGACCUUGAAGGCUUCUUUGUCUAGAGUACAUUGUUUUAGGAAUUUACUGGUACUUAGUUCUCAGGCUCCUCUCCUGUGGAACCAACUACCAGUUUUAGUCCGUGAGGCAGACACCCUGUCU